UCCGGAGCGCCUAACGCACAACGGGUGACCCUCAUCAGACCGGAAAGACAAUUAUCAGCCUGAGACUACGCACGAUGAUCCGCGUCCUUCCUGUCACCCUCCCAACACUCCGCUCCGGGAUUUCACUUUCACUGAAGAUUAACCCUUCGCACUCCAGCUAUUCCCUCCUCCCCCCUGGUUCUGUCCGGCCCAUGGAUCAGCUCUGUGAUCCUCGCUUCACAUACAUUGCAAUACAUGUUUAAGCCGACCAACUGUGUCAAAGAUCUUCUUCGCAUGUGAGCAGCACAGACAGUUCUCUGUGCCCCUCCCUACUCAUCAGACAAGAUGGUGGUCCUGCACUUCUACUGCGCCCUCCAGGGCUCCGCCCACUCCCUGCGUCUGCCCGGAGCGGAGAAUAUCCGAAGCGUUCAGAGAGAGCUCUGCUACAACGUCAACUGGACCGGUGAAGCCCCGCCUCCUAGCGCGGAGGCGGAGUCUUUGCGUUGGCUUUUCAGCUGCCCCUUCGACCCCCAGGGCACUUCAGAUGUGUCUUUUCUACACCCGGAACCCUCAGACCUGCUCGUGGAGAUUGGACCAAGGCUGAACUUCUCCACCGCCUCCUCCACCAACGCUGUCUCCAUCUGCCGCUCCAUCGGACUGACCGCCGUGGACAGGAUAGAAUGCUCCAAGAGAUUCCUGAUAAAGUUCCAGAGAGGUCUGGAGGAGAGCGAGAAGCAGAAGCUUGUUGCGUCGCUGUACGAUCGGAUGACGGAAUGUGUGUAUCCGGUUCCGGUGACGACCUUUAAGAUCUCGGUGCGUCCAGAGCAGGUCUAUGAGGUGGAUGUGCUCCGGUGUGGACGGGCGGCACUGGAGCAGGCAAACAGUCAGCUGGGUUUGGCGUUUGAUUCCUGGGAUCUGGACUAUUACACGGGGCUCUUCCAGCGCGUUGGCCGCAACCCCAGCAGCGUGGAGUGCUUUGAUCUGGCUCAGUCCAAUAGUGAGCACAGCCGACAUUGGUUCUUCAAGGGUCGGUUAGUGAUAGACGGAGAGGAGAAGGCUCACUCGCUGUUUGAUCUGAUCAUGAAGACACAGGACACCAGUAACCCCAACAAUGUCAUCAAAUUCUGUGAUAACAGCAGUGCCAUCAAGGGGAAAGAGGUGAAAAGUCUGAUUCCUGAUGACCCGUUACGUGCCAGCCGCUAUCACCUGCACAGCUCCACCCGGCACCUCAUCUUCACUGCUGAGACCCACAACUUCCCCACAGGUGUAGCUCCAUUCAGUGGUGCCACCACGGGCACAGGCGGGCGUAUUAGGGAUGUGCAGUCCACAGGGAAGGGUGCUCAUGUCAUAGCAGGCACUGCUGGAUACUGCUUCGGCAACUUGCACAUUCCAGGUUACCCCCUUCCUUGGGAGGAAGACUCCUUUCAGUACCCGGUCCAGUUUGCCCGGCCUCUAGAGGUGGCCAUUGAAGCCAGCAAUGGAGCCUCUGAUUAUGGCAACAAGUUUGGAGAGCCAGUGCUAGCAGGGUUUGCCCGUUCCUUCGGCCUACGCUUGCCCUCCGGAGAGAGAAGGGAGUGGGUGAAGCCCAUCAUGUUCAGCGCUGGCAUUGGUUCCAUGGAGGACAUUCACCAGAAAAAGGAGAAGCCGGAACCAGGAAUGCAUGUAGUGAAGAUUGGAGGUCCGGUGUACAGGAUUGGUGUCGGAGGUGGAGCGGCCUCUUCCAUUCAGGUUCAGGGGGACAACGCCAGCGAUUUGGACUUUGGUGCAGUUCAGCGAGGAGAUGCAGAGAUGGAGCAGAAGAUGAAUCGGGCCGUUCGGGCAUGUGUGGAGAGAGGAGAGAAGAAUCCUGUCUGCAGUAUACAUGACCAGGGGGCAGGAGGGAAUGGUAACGUCCUGAAAGAGCUCAGCGAACCUGAAGGAGCCAUCAUCUACACCAAAACCUUCCAGUUGGGGGACCCCACCCUCAGUGUCUUGGAGAUUUGGGGUGCGGAGUACCAGGAAUCCAAUGCCUUACUCCUCCGCCCAGGUGACGCGGAGUUCCUGCGUUCGGUCUGUCGCAGGGAGAGAUCCCCUGUAGACUUUGUUGGAAAGAUCACUGGGGAUGGCAGGAUCGUGUUGGUGAACGGAAACGAGGCGGAUCCGAAACCCGAUCACAGUGACCGAAAUUCUGUGCCGGUGGACCUGGAACUGGAAUGGGUGCUGGGCAAAAUGCCUCGUAAGGAGUUUGUGUUAAACCGAAUUUCAUCUGAACUCCGACCCUUGACACUCCCAGACGGUCUCACCGUGAGACAAGCCCUGGAACGGGUUCUCCGACUCCCAUCCGUGGCCAGCAAGAGAUAUCUGACCAAUAAGGUGGAUCGCUCUGUCACCGGCCUCGUGGCUCAGCAGCAGUGCGUGGGUCCCCUCCACACCCCAUUGGCUGAUGUGGCGGUGGUUGCACUGUCCUACACUGACACUGUGGGAGGAGCCACAGCCAUCGGAGAGCAGCCAAUAAAAGGUCUUCUGAACCCAGUGGCUGGGGCCCGAAUGGCAGUGGGGGAGGCGCUGACCAAUCUCGUGUUUGCUCUCAUCACUGAUUUGAAGGAUGUAAAAUGCAGUGGGAACUGGAUGUGGGCGGCUAAGCUGCCAGGAGAGGGCGCUGCACUGUAUGACGCCUGCGUGGCCAUGUGUGAUGUGAUGGCACAGCUUGGCAUAGCUGUGGAUGGAGGGAAGGAUUCCCUCAGCAUGGCGGCCAGAGUUGGCUCGGAAACUGUGAAGGCUCCAGGGUCUCUGGUGAUCUCGGUGUAUGCCGUGUGUCCAGAUAUUACUGCCACCGUCACCCCGGACCUGAAGAAGCCUGGCAUGGGUGGCAUCCUCUUGUACGUCCCUGUUAGCCCCGGUCGGCACCGGUUGGGUGGUAGUGCCUUAGCCCAGUGCUAUUCACAGCUGGGAGAACAAUCCCCAGAUCUGGAUGACCCCCAGACACUGGUGUCCUGCUUCCAGGUCACUCAGAAGCUUCUUAGAGAUCACCUCCUGAGUGCUGGACACGAUGUCAGUGAUGGCGGUCUCAUCACGUGUCUUCUGGAGAUGGCGUUCGCUGGGAACUGUGGAUUGGAUGUUGAAGUUUCCUCCCCAGACGUUGGAGCACUGGACCUGCUAUUCGCAGAGGAAUUGGGGUUGGUACUGGAAGUCCCGGAGGCAGAACAUGAGCGGGUUUUGGAGCAGUACCGAGCAUCUGGACUGCAGUGUGUAAAGAUUGGACGCACCUAUGGGAGAGGACCGACUUCCAUUGUCAGAGUUUGUGUGAAUGGGGAAGAAGUGCUUCGGGAUGAGGUGGGAACACUGAGGGCCAUGUGGGAGGAGACAAGCUUCCAACUGGAGCGUCUGCAAGCCAAUCCCAGCUAUGUGUCUCAAGAGGAGGCGGGACUCCUCCGACGAGAAGGACCCAAGUAUCAUCUGACCUUUAACCCCAAUGAAAAGCUCCCUCUUGUGGCUGGAGCCGGUUCCACCCAGCCGAGGGUGGCUGUUGUGCGCGAAGAGGGCAGUAAUGGUGACAGAGAAAUGGCGGCGGCACUUUUGAUGGCUGGGUUUGAGGUCUGGGAUGUCACCAUGGAGGAUCUUCUAUCUGGAGGAUGCACACUGGACAUCUUCCGGGGUCUGGUGUUUGUUGGAGGGUUCAGCUAUGCUGAUGUUCUUGGCUCUGCGAAAGGCUGGGCAGCUUCUGUGAAGUUCAAUGCCGGUGUUCGCGAGCAGUUUGAAGCCUUCCGCCGUCGAUCGGACACGUUCAGUCUGGGAAUCUGCAAUGGCUGCCAGCUUAUGGCUCUUCUAGGCUGGGUUGGCGCUGAGAACCCAACAGAUGCAGCAGGGCAGGGCCCCAAACAAGGCAUACUACUCAACCACAACACCUCUGGACGCUUCGAGUCCCGUUUUGUUACCGUGAAAAUUGAAGAGGGUCCAUCUAUCCUGCUACAGGGGAUGUCCGGCUCAUCGCUGGGGGUCUGGGUGGCUCAUGGAGAAGGUCUGAUGAAGUUCCGGUCUCAGGCGGUUCUGGAUCAUGUGACUUCCCACCACCUGGCUUCUGUCCGCUUUGUCGAUGACCAAGGCCUACCUACGGAAGAGUACCCCAUGAAUCCCAAUGGCUCUCCACUGGGAAUUGCUGGACUCUGCUCUGAGGAUGGUCGCCAUCUCGCCAUGAUGCCUCAUCCAGAACGCAGCAUCCUGACCUGGCAGUGGCCCUGGAUGCCAGAAGAUUGGUACCAGUCGCUUAGCGUCUCACCCUGGAUGCGGCUGUUUGAGAACGGAUACAACUGGUGUCUGAAAAACGCUGUGUGAACAAUGUGUAGGCUCAGGGAGCAGAGUGAUG